CCACUAACUGAUGCAGUAUCCGCUAUUGAGAGCUGAUAUGCGGCCUGCAGUGUUUUGAUUGUAGGCUCUGGUAUAGCAGGCACCGCAGACAUGGCGGCGGCAGACUCGGAGUUGAGGUGAAUCACUACAGCAACCAUUGCCGUUGUGAUAAAGAUUUUUUUUUUUUUUUUUGUAUAAUAUCACAGGAGCUAGCGGAGAAGCUGGCAGCUUUGGUGGGCAGUCGGCUCCGCCUGGAGGACAUGAUGGAGGUUACGGCGGAGGGAGAGGCGGAGGAGCGAAGGAGGGAGCAAUGGAAGCUGCUGUCCAGCCUGAAGACCACCGUGGAGGGCCUCCUGUCCACCAACAACCCCAACGUCUGGUCGCGGUACGGAGGCUUGCAGAGGCUGCACAAAGACAUGAACAACAUCCUCGGCCACAGACUGAAGAACGAGCAGGUGUACUACAAGCAGCGAGACUACUGGCCUUUUAUUUGGUGUGUUCGCUACAUCAGCCCCCACCUCGCCAUGCAUGUUGAACAGUUCAGUCACCUGGAGCCGGUUUUGAGCUGCGGGAUGCACAGCGCUGGGGAGAGCUACAAGGCCGAGCGUUGGUUGCUUCACAGCUUACAGGUUCACGAGCUCUCAGCUCAGCUCAAACCUCUGCUCAGGCAUCAGGGAAACACACGGAAAUAUUACAACGAUGAUGCCUUCCUGCUGAGUGAGCCUCAUGUGACCGCCAUGUUUCAGUGUCUGGAAGCUGUGGAGCAGAAUAAUCCCAAACUGCUGGCCCAAGUAGACACGGUUGGGCUGUCCCCUCUGAGGGGAUCUCCGUGCCUGAGUCUAUUGAAGAGCCAGAGCCUGUGUGUGCUGCCAGGGGCGGGGGGCACCUGGAGGAAUGCGGACACGGCUCCUGGAAGAGACUCUAUGAACCGCAGACUAACCACCUCAAACUGCUCACUGCGAGAAGCGGUUGCUGCCAACAACAAGCCAGCAGACACUACCGGAGCUAGAUCUCAUAAGGGCAACAACACGAGUGAAGAAAGCAUCAAUACCAAAUACACUACCUCCUCAGCCAGCAGCGUGGAAACUCGUUGGAUGUCCAUGUCCAGGCCAGGGGAGGGUGAGCAAGGCGUGACACCCGCUCCCGGAUCAAUUUCCAUCCCUCACAUCUCUCUAACAGAGUCCCCAACCUCCUCCGUUCAGCCUGAGGCCGGGGACUCCUGCGACGGCGACUCUGAUGAUGGUCCAGAGUAUCUGGCUAUCGGUAAUCUGGGGCAACGCAGUCGUCGCGAUUCCAGAACCUCCACCCACAGCAACGAGCCGGACCAGACAAAAGAACAGUGCACGCAGCAGAGUUCCCUGGGCCCAACCCCUCCGAGGCGCUCCUCUUUCUCGGAGGGCCAGAAGGGCCCAGGCAGGGGGGCCAAAGGACACACACGCUCAUUUUCAGACACUGGGAUCAGUGAAAAACUCAGGAUUGGAGGGGGCCAGAGAAAAAUCACCAUAAUAAUAGAGGAUCCAGUUGCAGAAUCAGCAAGCGAAGACUCCUGCAUGAAGGACUACAGUCCCUUCUCACCUCGGUGCAGCGAUACCAGCAACUCCAGUUCUCUUCACAUGGAGUCCCAUGGGCCCCAGUACAGCACUGUGCCAGAUGGGAUGUUCAGGAAACCGUCGAAGGGGCAGAGCCUCAUCAGCUACCUGUCAGAGCAGGACUUUGGCAGUUGUGCUGACUUAGAAAAGGAGAACGCUCAUUUCAGCAUCUCGGAGUCCCUCAUCGCCGCCAUUGAGCUGAUGAAGUACAACAUACUGCGUCAGGAGGAGGAGGGCGAGGAGGAGGGAGACAGUGACUCUGAGAUUCAACAGCUGAAGCAGAAGAUCCGUCUGAGGAGGCAACAAAUCCGCCGCAGCCGUCUGCCACCUUGCACAACCUCCCAACACCGUACGCCAAAUUUCCACUCCACUGACAGUGGCGGCUCCAGAAGAAGCUCUCAGGACUCCUACCAGGGCCUGUCUGACUCCGGCUCGGCGGACGAGGUGGAGGAAUGUGAACUGCAAGAUGGCUGUGAGGGUCAGUCCCUGCUGGCGGUGUCUCAGAGCGGCCUCUCCUUGUCACUCGCCUCCCUCUUCUCAGAUCUCUACCAGAGGUGCCAAAAUGUGAGGUCACAGCAGUUGGCAGAUGCAGAUAUAAAGCGCAGCGUAAGCUCCAGUGGCAGAUCUUUCAUGAGCUCAGAAUCCAUCUCUCCCUCCUUCCUCCAGUCUAACUCGGCUGAGUCAGUAGCCAUGGGUUUGCUCAGGCAGUUUGAGGGCAUGCAGCUUCCUGCAGCUUCAGAGCUCGAUUGGCUGGUCCCAGAACACGAUGCUCCACAGAAGCUGCUGCCUAUUCCCAACUCUCUGCCCAUCUCUCCUGACGAUGGUGAGCACGCAGAUAUCUACAAGUUGAGGAUUAGAGUUCGAGGCAACCUUGAGUGGGCGCCGCCGAGACCACAGAUCAUCUUCAACAUCCAUCCUGCCCCGAAGAGGAAGGUCAUCGUUGCCAAGCAGAACUUCCGCUGUGCAGGCUGCGGCACCAGAAUUGACCCAGACUACAUCAAGCGGCUGCGUUACUGCGAAUACCUCGGCCGUUACUUUUGCCAGUGCUGCCACGAGAAUGCCCAGGCCGUCGUUCCCGGCCGAGUGCUGAGGAAGUGGGAUUUCGGCAAGUACUACGUCAGCAACUUUGCCCGCGACCUUCUGAGCAAGAUCGCUGGAGAUCCUCUGUUCAACCCAAGUGACAUCAACAGCAGCUUGUACAAGAAGAUCAAAUCCCUGGAGUCUGUCAGGGUUUUAAGGAUGCAGCUUUUUCACAUGAAAAAUCUCUUCAAGAUGUGUCGCUUUGCCAAAGAGGUGCUUGAUCAGUUCGACAUCCUGCCAGGUCACCUGACCGAGGACCUUCAUCUCUUCUCACUCAACGAUCUCACUGCUGUUCGCAACGGAGAGCUGGUUCCUCGGCUGAAAGAGCUGCUUAAGCUUGGUACCAUGCAUGUAGCCAGUUGUGUGCUGUGUCAGGCGAAGGGCUUUGUGUGUGAGUUCUGCAGCAACGACAAAGACAUCAUCUUCCCGUUCCAGCUGAGCAAGUGCCAGCGCUGCGAAGAGUGCCACGCCUGUUACCAUCAGAGCUGCUUCCGAACUGGUAAAGAUUGCCCCCGGUGUCUGCGGCUGGCAGAGCGCCGGGAGAGGAUGGCACGCAAAAACAUGGAGGAGCAAGAGGACGAGGGAGGAGGUACAUAGAACCUCGGGAUAGAAGAGGAGCACAAAUCAACAAUGAUUGUAGUCACGGACCUUCUUCUCAUCUAUCUCAUUCCUCUCCGAUCGCCACAACAAGUUUUGAGAUUAAUAUUUUCUAUAAGCCCCUUCAAGAAAUGCACUUUAUUUAAUUAAUGCUUGAAAAGUAUGUUGUACUAUUAUGCAAAACUUAAUUAAUCUCCACAGUGUGGAAUGAAACUCUAGACUUCUCUGUAUUAACACAUUAAUUGACACGUUAAUUUGAACAUUUAGUUUCUUAAACCUAACAAGCUAAUAAUGCAUUCUAACUACUGAGUUUAAUCAUUUUUGAUCAUAAGCUUAAGUUUUAAGCUUUUUAUAUUUGUUUACCAGCUUUCCACAGCAGUGCUGAAUCAUUCCCGUACAAAUAGACCAGCUCUGUAUGAGAGUUCAGACCUGCUGCCUUGCACGGUUACGUGAUGCUGAUAAUUUUUCAGUUUUAUGUGCAACAUGAGCAAAGACCACCUUUAAACCUCAGCACUUGUAUGUUGCGAUGUUUGUUGUGAAAUCUAACCAAUCUGCCAACAAAAUCAUUUAUAUUUGCAGAGACUUUUAAUUUAGCCUGAGGCUUCUCUCUCUUUUCACGUACUGAUAAGAUGCUUAUUUUAUUAGCUUAUGUGAUUUUGUUGUUUUUUUGUGACAUCUGAAAUAUUAGGAUAAUUGCACUUUUAAGAAGGACACUGGAAAUUUAAAAAUACAGAAUUUUUAGCACUUGACCAAUAAUUGUCUAAAUCAUCCUAUCAGGUGUGGUUUUGUUUUAAUUUGAAUAUUCAGGAAAUAUUUACCUUGUGCUUUCUAUUUUUGAUCCACAAGUUUCAUAUUUUAUGCUGUUUAAGACUCGCUUUUGUGACCAAUGAACAUGCAGUGGAGUCUCACAGCAAAAGCUGAAUUUGCAGGAUUCAGAGUCAGUGUUGCAAAUAUUAUCUGUAAAACUGCGAAUGAUCAGUUGUCGUGCUGCUUAUUGUGGGUGGCGACUAAACUGGACUUUGUAUGAGUGCUGGGUUGCGUAUCUACCUGCUGUGCUUGUUGGUUUCUAUUGUUGCAGCUUUUCAGAUGACCGUGUGUUUGGUUCAUUGCACUGAUCCUGUGUGUUUUGGUAAGAUGGUGCAGUCAGGUUUGAAUGUUAUGCCUCUAAUGUUUAAGAACUUGAACCAUAAGCUUGAAAUGUUUCUGACUCUAAUGAUGUCAAUUGAGCAGUUUCUGCCUAAUUUAUAAUUUAAGUCAAACCGUUCAUACUUUAGCGUUUGUUUAAAUGUCGCAGCUAAUUUGCUUAUUGCAUUACAGAGCAGAUUUGAAAAUGUCAUCACAUUCAUGUUGAUUGGGGGUUAUGCAACGCUUUUCAGGUAACUCCACGUGUUGUCGAAAGAAAUAAGAGAUUAGGUGAAAAAAUGCAUUGCAGACUUGUGUUUUGGGACUUAAAUUUAGUAUUAGAUUUUCAGAUGUAUCUUGUUGACCAGUGUAAAUCAGCAGAAUGUUAUGUUGUGACACAUUUCUGAAGGUUUAAAACACAAUCGCUAAUCCAUCUAGUCCUAUUGUCAUAAAAACAAAACAACGGCAAAAACAAAGUCCAAAUUGGGUAAUUUGUACCUCCAUUUAGUCACCUUUUCAGUCUCAUUUUAAUUCCACGCAUCUUUGAUUUACUUAUAGUUACUGUUCUUUAUAGCUAAGCUCGGAAAAUGAACCCAUUCAAUAUUUAUGCACUUGAAUUUUCUCCUGUUUUGUAAAAGAAACUUUCAGUUUAAAGCUUUUGAGCAAAGUAACUGCCCAGCUCCUCUGAUCAGAUUUGUCCUGGACCUACCUUUAUUAUGCAAGAGUAAGGAGGUUUAAAGUGCACUACAGAUUUAAAACGUUUAUUAUUAAAAAUGUUAAUUAUUGUUGUUCAAAAUCCUUGCUUUGAGUCUGUAAUUAUGUUCACAAUAAAUGACAGGCAAGACUGUUAAA